AUGGAUGAAGUAGUAAUUGGUACAUAUGAAGGAUUUCUACUAGGAUACUCCUUACGGACGGAAAAUGAUGUUAAGAGAUUGAAACAAACUUUCGCAACACAUUCACAUACAGCAUCAGUACGAUGCAUAUCAAUCGCAGGAAAGUUCCUAGCAUCUGGUGGCACAGAUGAUAAAGUUGUUGUGAUAGAUUUGAAAACUCGUAAAGAACACACCGUUUUAAUGCAACAUGAUGGUACAAUAAAUUCUGUAGCCUUUACACAUGGUGGAACCCAUUUACUAACCGGCAGCGAUGAUGGUUCAAUUGUUGUCACACGUACUGGGAAUUGGCAAAUAGAAAAGAUUUGGAAAAAGGCACAUGGAGGUCAACCAGUUACUGCUAUAGCUGUUCAUCCAUCUGAUAAAAUGGCACUUAGUAUAGGUGGAGAUAAAACAUUACGGACUUGGAAUUUAAUCAAAGGAAGACCAGCUUUCACUAUGAACCUUACUAGUAAAGGGGUGUCUCUGCCAACAGAAAUUAAAUUUUCCCCAGGUGGUGAUAGAUUUUCCUUACUGUCUCAGCAAACAGUUGAUAUUUGGACAAUUAGUAAAGCCGGUAUUGAGAAAAGAAUAUCAUGCAACUCAAAACCAACAUCAGUUCAGUGGACUAAUGAUGAAAGAAUAUUUGUUGGUUUAGAGAAUGGUAAUAUCAUAACAUUAAAUGUUACUGAUAGUGAAGCCCUUACAUAUAAAGGCCAUAAACAGAGGGUUAAAUGUUUGUAUUAUGAAAAUAACACAAUGUUCUCUGCAUCCAGUUCUGGGGAGCUCAAAGCAUGGUCAGUUAAAGAUGAAAAAUUGCAUGAAACAUGCACAAGCAAUGCAUCCUGUAGAGUUACUUGUAUAACAUUGAAUAGACAGAAUCAUCUGGUAAAGAAAGAAGAAACUGACAAAGAGGAAUCUGUUGAGGGCGGUGUUCAAAAUGAUGAUGAUGUUGAAAGUGAUGCUUCUGAAAAUCAAAACAUAGAGAAAAAAAUAUCCCUGAAAAGGAAACCAGGAGCAUUUGUCACCAUUUGUUAUGGUGAUGAUGAUGAAAAUGCGAAGCCCUCAACUAUAGCACCAAAUAAAAAGUCAAAAAAGCGAAAACGCAAUAAAAAGACAAAUAAUAAAAUUGAA